GAGCUGAUCCUCCGGAGUGCACGGAGGAUGUUUUCGUCCCGAGUGGGAGGGCUGUUUAGUCUCGAGCUCAGUUUUCUCGGGUAUGGAAUGGUUCAGGCCUGUGAAGUGAUGAGAAAGACCCCACUCUGAGGUAAAACUCUCCAGUCCGCCCGGGACGGAGUCUUGAGCCCCAAGAUAGUGCUUUCCCCCAAUCCCUUCUCCCGACCUGGUGAAAGCACCCCAAAUUUACAAUAAUCACUGACAUUUCUGUAGCUAACCUCCCCAUUCCUGGACUCCUCAGUGUUCGCUGCGAUUGUCUGGAAAAGUGAUAAUUUUAGUAGUUAAAAUUUUAAAGCCCUGUGUUACAGAGCUUACCCCUUUUGGGCCUCUCAACUACUAUGGGAGGGAGAUGCCAGAACAAUAAUAUUACUAAAAACAAUGGCAGCUAUCAAUUCUGUGAGGAAGCUCUACAAAGGAUUAUCACAACUCUGGCAAGCAAAAAUGAUGAAAUUCAAAAUUUUAUCGAUACUCUAAAUCAUACUCUAAAAGGAGUUCAGGCCAAUUCUUCUAGCAUACUUUUAGAAUUAGAUGAGGAAUUUGAUGGUCUUUAUUCUAUAUUGGAUGAGAUGAAAGAAAGUAUGACUAAUACUAUCAAGCAAGAACAAGCUCGUAAAUCACAAGAACUACAGAGUCAGCUUAGUCAAUGCAAUAAUGCUCUGGAGAAUUCUGAAGAGCUACUAGAAUUUGCUUCAAGGUCACUAGACAUAAAGGAACCAGAAGAAUUUUCAAAGGCUGCCAGACAGAUCAAAGAUAGAGUCACAAUGGCUUCAGCUUUUCGCCUUUCUUUGAAACCAAAGGUCAGUGAUAACAUGACUCACCUAAUGGUGGAUUUUUCUCAGGAAAGACAGAUGCUCCAGACUUUGAAGUUUCUGCCAGUUCCUAAAGCUCCAGAAAUAGAUCCAGUAGAGUGUCUGGUAGCUGACAAUUGUGUAACAGUUGCUUGGAGGAUGCCAGAGGAAGAUAAUAAGAUUGAUCAUUUUACACUGGAAUACAGGAAAACUAAUUUUGAUGGACUUCCACGUGUUAAGGAUGAAAGAUGCUGGGAAUUAAUAGAUUACAUUAAAGGCACUGACUAUACACUAUCUGGCUUAAAGUUUGAUUCAAAAUAUAUGAAUUUUCGAGUUCGAGCUUGCAACAAGGCUGUGGCAGGAGAGUAUUCUGAUCCAAUAACAUUGGAAACUAAAGCACUUAACUUCAGUUUGGAUGGCUCAUCAUCUCAUCUGAACUUGAAAGUUGACGAUAACUGUGUAGAAUGGGAUCCAACAGGAGGAAAAAGUCAAGAAAAUAAAAUGAAAGGAAAAGAGAAUAAAGGCAGUGUCCAUGUUACUGCACUGAAGAACAAUAAAAGAAGUGGUACACCAUCACCUAAACGGACUUCAGUGGGCUCCAGACCAUCAUCUAUAAGGGGCAGCAGAGAUCGUUUUACUGGUGAAUCAUAUACAGUAUUGGGAGACACUGCCAUUGAAAGUGGACAACACUAUUGGGAAAUCAGAGCCCAGAAAGACUGUAAAUCCUACAGCGUUGGACUAGCAUAUAAGACCCUGGGGAAGUUUGAUCAGUUGGGAAAGACAAACACUAGUUGGUGCAUCCAUGUCAACAACUGGCUACAAAGUACCUUUGCUGCAAAGCAUAACAAUAAAGCCAAAGCUUUAGAUGUAAUUGUUCCUGAAAGGAUAGGCGUGUUUUGUGAUUUUGAUGGAGGUCAACUGUCCUUCUACAAUGCAGCUUCAAAGCAAUUAUUAUAUUCUUUUAAAACAAAAUUUACACAGCCAGUGCUCCCUGGUUUCAUGAUCUGGUGUGGUGGACUUUCUUUGAGUACUGGAUUGCAGGUUCCAAGUGCUGUUAAGACAUUACAGAAACAUGAAAAUGGAAUGAGUGGUUCAACUAGCAGCCUCAACAAUGUUAUGCAUCCUCCAAGCCUCCAACAUUAAAACACAUGGUGGAUCUCUCUGAGGAUGGCAGAAUAUGACAUCUGACUUCCUGCCAAAGCCAACCCUUCCAAUAAAAAAAAAAAACAACUAAUUUUAUCUUCUGCUCUGAAUUUUCUCAUUCUAAUCUCCUGUCUUCCAUUGAGAAAGGGGGCAUGUGUUCUGCCCCCCCCCAUACCUUGCAAAAAUAUAUAGUUACCAUGAAAAGAACAGCUAUAAGUAGUUCUGUACAUAUGGAUCCUUUUAAUUUUUCUCUAAUCUCUUGAGGGUAUAGACCUAUUGGUGGUAUCUCUGGUUCAAAGGCUAUUAACACUUUAUGGGAUUUUGGAACAUAGUUCCAAAUUGCUUUCCAGAAGAACUUGAUCAGUUUAUAAUCCCAACAGUUGGAAACGGUGUCAAAAGUAACACUAAGAGUGCAUCAAAGUACCUGUUUUCCCAUAGUCCUUCCAGCCAAUGUUUAUCAUGUGGGUUUUUUGUUGUUGUCAGCUUUGUUAAUCUAAUGGAUGUUAGGUUGUAUUUCAAAAAUUGUAAUUUUUUUCUAAUUAUUAGUGAUUAAGACUUUUUAAUGUGUAUUGAUUGCUUAGAUUUCUCCCUCUGAAAACUGCCUAUUCAUAUCCUUUGACCAUUUUUCAACUGGAGAAUCGAAUAGCUCUUACAAAUUUGUGUCAUUUCUCUAUGUUUAUUUGAGACCUUAAUUAGGGAAAUCCUGAAAGGAUGUCCCCCCCCCAAAUUUCUUUUUCUCUCCCAGUUUUAGCUGCAUUGAUUUUAUUUGUAUAGCCAAAUCUCCUUAGGCAGUUUGCUUUCAAAGUUUCUACCUUUGUCAGAAUGGAUCCUAGAAACUUUUCUUGACUCAUGUUCAGACAUCAUUUGAAUUUCCAUAGCCAAAGUACAAAAUGCCUGUGGUAGCACCAACUAUUUCCUGAUACCAUUAUGUGGGAUCAAUUACAGGCUAAUAUAGCACUCCUCUGCAAAAUUCUAAAUUCUUCCAUUGUCUCAAUAGUAAUGUGCUCUGUAAGGAAUAGAAGCUGAAGUUGCUGAGGUUCUUUCCAUGUCAUAGUUUGUACUGUUUUUCAUAGACAUUCAUUAUACAUUUGCUUCCAUCUCCAGUAAUCCAAGAACAAAGAAUUCAGAGUUGAUUAGUUCAGUACAAUAAAGUUCCCACACUGGUUUGCACUGGCAGAAAUCCCAGAUGCACCUGACCAUAGUUAAGCUCUGGGUAUUAUAGAUAUUAUCUGAAAUAGGGGUUUCACCAUUGCUUUGGACAGCUCAGAUUCUGAGGCAGCUAAUUGGCAUAAUGAAGAGAGUGCUGAACUUUGAAUUCAGGAAACUGAAUUAUAAUCUUCCCUCAAGAUACUUUCUAGCUAUGUGAACUAUAGCAAGUCACUUAACCUGCCCAGCCUCAAUUUUCUUAUUUUUAAAAUGGGGAUAAUAACACCUGCCUCACAGGAAUGUAUUGAGAAUUAAAUCUGCUAACAGAUAUAAAGCACUUUGCAAAUCUUAAAGACUUUUUAUAAAUGCUAUCAAUUAUUGAACACUUCAAUCUUCCAAAGUGUGGAAAGGAAAACUGAAGCAAGUUUGGGACUUUGUGCCAAUCAAGUGGAACAAACAGCAGUUGGAAUGUGAGAGAGAAGAUAUUGACAAGAAUGAUAGUUGGUGGGGGGAGGGGCAACUGGGAGUGACAGUUGGUCUCGUGACAGACUCUUCCUGGCCCUUGGACUGGAAGGAGCCUCUCUCCCUGUCUCUGGAUAGAAGGGCCACUGUUCCUGAUUUUACCAACUGUGUGCUCUACCUGGAUUCCUAUGGUCAUGUCAUUGAACAAAAGGAUUUAAGGGGAGAAGUUUGAACUGUAAGGCCGUUUUUUAGGGGCAUCAGCCUGAAGAGACAGGCCCAACCAACUUUGAAGGUCAGUGUUUUAACUAGUUCCAAGUGACUUGACAAUGCCAACCAGGGAGUCCAAGUCCAGAGAGCCCGCAGAUUUCCUCUCUAUAUCAUCCAGCUUAUACCUCAUCGUGAACCUCAUGAUCAUCGGGUUGAUUCUCUUAAUAUCCACCACAAGGAGUCUAAUGGUGAGACAGUCCCUCAUUGGAAGAGAUGAAAUGGCACUUCUAAGGAGGACAAGUUGAAAUGUCAAUGGAUCAGCAAUCUUCCUGAACAUCACUGAGGACUGAGUAGCAGAAGAUGGCAGCCUACCAAGGUGGGGACCAACCAAAGCCAUUGCAGCAACUACAUGGGGGUCUCUGCUUACCUUGCUUGGGAAAAGGACCACAAGACUGGAUACCAAGGAUGCCCAAGGAGUGUAGUCCACCUGUGAAGAAGCAGCAAGGCAGCUUGAGCUCAAAUAGGAUAGCCUCGAGAAAGCAUUUGGGUACACGCUGCCGGUACUGUCUAUUAAUCUCCAGAAAAUCCCGAGGAAGUUAAGAACAGGCACCCCAGAGAAGUAUAGUUUCUUUCCACAUUUGUAUAAAAUGUCACUUGCCCAACAUUCAUCUGGUUUAAGAAUUAGCCCAAAUUCCAGACACCUCUUUUCGAGCAUGAUAAGGAGGUUGUCAGCUGCUCUCUGCUUUGGCACGCCUCGUGGGGCCCUAACAACAAGUAUCUGGUUCUCUCCCUGUGCAAGGAUAUCUCCAUUCAUUCCUAACUUAUCUAAGACAAGUAAUUCCAUGUAGCCCGUCAGUUUUGUCCAUGGUUUUUGUCUCAUUCCUUCACCCAUGGUGAGAGCUCCAUGUAUGCAGGUCUCCCCAUCUUCAGCAGGCAUUCCAUCUGAUUUUUUUCUUGGAGGAUUGUACCAGUAUUGAAUGAAAAAGUAGUAAUCACAGGCAUCCAGGACCCAACCUCAACUUCAUCAAAUCAAUAAAGAUGUCCCCUCAGGCUAUCUUAGUUGGCCCAUUUCUCUGGAACCUCAUUUUUAAAAAAUAGCCUCUCUGUUGGGGGCAUCUCUCUCCUUUCACCUCAUUGGCAGCCAUAUUCCCUCUCUCUCUUCAACUCCUCCAUUCCCUGUUAUAAAACCUUCAUUAUCCCUUGUACUACUACUUCCUGCAGCAAUCCCUAUAAUUAAUACAGUUUUGACAGACCCAGCUAGGUUUUCCAGCCUAUUUUGCGAAGAAUUUGGGAAGAAGAAGGCAGUUGGUAGUGUCAAGGAAGUUUCAGAGAAAUCGGGCCUACAUACAUUUCAAAAACCUGUGUGACUGUGGAAAGCAGCCAUUUUGAGAGCAGUGUUGAAGGUAGCUAAUCUGCCUAGGAACACCACAGCCAAUAAGAAACACUCCUUCUGAAGGGAAGAGGUGACCCUUAAGGGGCCAGACUUAAAAAACAUUUUUUUCCAUUGCAAAAGGCUUUUCAAGACACAAGAUGGCAAAGAAACUAUUACUUGCCAUGGAUUAUCUAGCCUUGAUUGGACAUUUCUUUUAUGUUUUACAACUUAUUUUUUGUCAAGAUUCCAGAUUAUAUUUAUUUUCUGCUUAAGAUCUAUGAAAGCUUUCAGUGGCUGAAAAUUAGUAUAGAUUGCUUGAUUUCAUUCAUUCUCACAUAUGCUGGAGCAUUAUGCUUCUUAAUCCAAUUAUACUAGUGCCUGAAAAAAGGUGUGCAUCAAAUUUAUGGAAAAAAAAACCAAAAGACAAUGAAAUGACCAUAAUGAUUUUAGCCAUGAGGGAAGAGAUCACACAACUAAAGCAAAUGAUUAAGCAACUGACUGAGGAGAAACAAAGUGGCAAAUAUAUUAACAUACAACAAGAUACCUAAAAAUAACAAUGUAGCGGAGCAAGAAAAGACAGAUGGAGCUCUUCCCUGAUACCUUCCCAAUCCAAACUUGUUAUUAAAAUUUAGCUUUAUUUAAAUAACCCCAGUCAGAUAAGAGGACUCUUAUUUCAGGGGAACAUAGAGGGAGCUGAACCCGAGGACAGCCAUUCAAAUAUACACUGUCCUUAUUGGACUCCUGCUGGAUGACCUUGGUCUGGGGGGGAGGCUUGUCCUUGGUGGGGGUGGAUCCAUGCUUACCUGCUCUGGGGUAUCUUCAACAUCAAUCAAUAGAGAAGACAUCCCUGCAGGCUACAUAGGUGGCCCAUUUCCCAGGAACUCCAAUUUUCAAAUAUAGCCUAUCAGCAGGGUUAUCUCUUAUCUUUUACCUCACCAGUAGCCAUAUCCCCUUUCUCCUUUCAACUCCUCCAUUCUCUGUUACACAAACCUUCUAUAUUCCCUGUUCUUCAAUCCCCUACAUUCCUUAUAAUUAUUCCAAAAGCCAGUAGAAUAUACUGAAAUCAUAGCAAACAGGUGUUCCUACUCAUCUCUGACAAAUAGCAUCCAACAUGAUAAAAAAUUUUUUUCCAGAUUUCAUGUUGAUACAGUUUUUGAUAAUUGUUUUUUUUUUAACAUCUUGUGAUCUAUGUUCUCUUCCUCCUUCCCAUCCCUCCCCUUUCCCCAAGAUGGCAAAUGAUAUAGGUUGUACAUGUAUAAUUAUACAAUAUAUAUUUCCAUGUUCAUCAUAUUGUGAAACAAAAGACAUUGCUUAUAGUAGAGAAAAGCUCAUAGAGAAAAUAAAGUGAAGAAUGGUUCAAUCUGCAUUCAGUCCCUUUUGUUGCAGUGGAUAGCCUUUUUAUCAUGAGUCCCUUGCAGUUGGCCUGGAUCCUUGAAUUGCUGAGAAUAGUUGUCAUUCAUAGUUGAUCCUUGUAUACUAUUGCUGUUAUCAACAUGAUGCUUUUCAUAAUAUAUGUGAGUGGAAUGCUGUAUGUCUAUACUUGAAAAUUUCAUAUGCAUUUUCAUAUUUCUUAGUUAGAGGUCACUUCAAAGCCAAUAACCUCAGUUUAUAUGGGCAAUGAACUUGACUGUUAGUGAAUCCUAUGGGUAAGACACUGUGUUAGUUAUAAGGAAAAAAAUGAAAUCAUCUCUUUCCUUUAAGAUGCUUACAUUUUAGGAUGGGUAGUGGUGAUAAAAUGUGGUAAGAGCUGAUGUUUACAUAGCAGCCACAUUCAUUAUCUCAUUGAGGUCUCACCCAUGUAUAGGUACCUGCUACUAACAUUAUCUCACAUAGCUGUCAUCAUAGGAAGCUAAAGAUCGGUAAAUUAUGCCAAAAUAAGAGAAGUUAAGUGACUUGUCCAUCGUCUUACAUAAAAACAUCAAAACCAGUAUCUGAAUGCAGUUCUGUUACUACAUAGUAGUAUUAGAUAAAUGUAGCAGGAGAUGGAAUUUUGAGUAAUGAUACUCCAGUUUCACUGAAACAGUAGGUGAAGGGAAGUGAUGUGAAAAUAAUUGAAGAAUGGUAGUUUGAAGCCAGACUGGAAUGCCUUACUUGCCAGGUUAGAGUUCAUAUUUUAUCUUAGAGAUUUGAAUAGGAGGUCACCAAAGGUUUUUAAGCAGGAAAAUUACAUGGUCAUAUCUGUGCCUUAGAAAGAUUCUUUUGACAAAUUUUGACAAAUUGAUAUUUCUAUUAUUUGGGUGUAGUUCUAUGCAAUUCUUAGAGUGAAAAUCCUAUUUCUUCAGGUUUAACUGUUAAAUGGUCAAUGAAAAAUAACUAUUUAUUAUAAUAUUUAUAUAAAGUGUUCCAAAACUCUUAGUGCAUUUUUAAACUACUAAAACUUUUUAAAAAAUAAGCUUAAAACUAUAUUAGAACCUUCACAACACCCUAUAUAGGAGUUUAAGGUUUGCAAAGCAAUUUAUUUCUCAUUUGGUCCUAUUAUUAUCUCCUUUUACAGAUGAGGAAAUUGAAGUUGAGAGAUUAAGUGAUUUAGUCCCGUAACUUAUAAGUGUCUGAGAUAGGAUUUCAACACAUUUUUUUCUGACUUCCAAGUCAAAUACUAUCCACUGAGCUAAUUGGAAAUCUUAUGUGAUCUCUGCUUUAACUACUUUAUUUUCAGAAUCUUGUUUCAUUUGUUAGGAACUCUCUUUGGGAAAAUUUGUUAUUAUUAAAAUAAUACAAUUUUCCUCCUUAUCUAGCACUUUACAAUUUUGACAGAGUUUUCAUAUAACAUCGAUCUUAUUUUGACUAUAAGCUUAUCGGGUUAGUUAAAAGAAGUGACAUCCUUAUUUUUAGAAGAAUCCAGAACCCAUAAAGUUUGUGACUUAUUCAAGGUUUGAGUACAACUAACUAGUAAAACAGAUUAGAAGUCAGGUCUCCUUGAUUCCUCACUUACUUAGAUUCCAACAUCAUAUUGGUUUUAAAAAAUGAAUGACUUCAAAUUGAACAUACUUUUUUCCCAAUGGGACAAAAUUCCCAAGGAAUUUCAUUUAAUUUUAGAAGAUCACCUCUGUAAUCCUAAAAUUUUUCUCUUUCCCCUUUCUGCUUCUGUUCUUUGAUUCAAUCAACAGAUACUUAUCUGUUGAGUGCAGUGAGGUAUAUAAUGAUGAAUAAGGUCUAGUUUCCAGCCAACAUGGAGUGUAGGAUAAAUAAUAUUAAUAAAUCACUAUGAUACAAGGCAGUAGCUCAAUUUCUAUCUUUCUAUGUCUCUGUUUCAUUUUUAUGUAAAGCUGCUAAGACAGUUAAUUCUAAAUUGGCAAUAAUUCUUAGGUUUCCAUUGUGAAGUUUAGAAAAUCAAACUGAUGCCUAGAAAAGAAAACUAAUGGCUAUAAAAGUUAGAAAAACUAGAACUAAGGCUAUUAUUUUAUCUUUGAAAAGAAUGGCAGAUUACACAAAAUAGCAUCAGGUAAAUUUUUUCAUUUACUUAAGGAAAGACAUAGGAAAUAUUAGAAACAAGUCAAGAGUUCUAAAAUAUAUACAUUUUCAAGAAGGGCAACAUUAAAAUAUCCUUUUAAGACUCAAGAAUACAUUUAAAACUUCAUGUUACAUUCAACAAAUGUUUAGCAUUUACACUGAGUCAAGAAUAUGCUAGUAUUGUUAGGGAUAUUUUAAAAAACAGGCAAUUUUGCCCAAAAUGAAUGAUGAACUAAAUGAUCUCUUUUUCAUAUCUAAUUUUUUUGUUAAUUCAGCCUCACAAGCUUCCUUUAUUCUCACUAGCUUCAUCAAAUGUCUCUAUAUUUGAUACAGUGUAUAAUUUUAAAGAUAAUUUAACAUGGUAGGAAAUAUUUAUUUCUGUCAACUUGGAAUCAUUCAAAAAGUUGAAAACUUUCAGGAAUAUCUAAUCUUAAAUUUAAACCUUCAUCUUUAAUAAUAUUUAUAACUUCUAUUCCACAAUGAAAUAGUUUGAAGAAAAUUUCAGAAAGUGUUUUAUAAUUGUCUUGAGAUACCACUGUUAACUUUGCCAUGCCUGUAUGACCAUGAUUAAACCCUUGUGCCUCAGUGUCUGGAAUAAACUGUACUUGAUAUUGAAAA